GCAGCCCCAUCCCUCCAACGCACUUUGCGGAAACCUCCGGCACGAACAUGGCGGAAAGCAGGAAACCCCUGUUGUACCUGUUCGCUUGUGACCUGAAGUCCGACAAGAAGGAGUACAAGGUGGAGGCGGAGGAUGAUGAGGCGGAGCACCAGCUCUCGCUCAAAGUGGCUUGCUUGGGAGCGGAUGCCGAGGACCGCAUUCACACGGUGGAGCUGGAGGGCAUGACCUACGCGGGCAAGGUGACCAAAGUGCAGCUGGCUGCCCUGAAGCCCUCCAUCCUCCCUUCUAUGAGUUUAGGAGGGUUUGAGAUCUCGCUGCCCGUCACGUUUCGUCUGAAGUCUGGCUCCGGACCCGUCUACAUCAGCGGGCAGCAUUUCGUCAGUGUGAAGGAGUCUGAAGAUGAAGAUGAGGAUGAGGAAGAGGAGAACAACACAUCGCCCAUUAAAAGACCCUCCACUUCAGGGAAGCUACCUGUGCCGAAAAAGCUAAAGCUGGAUGAGGAUGAUGAGGAUGAUGAAGAUGAUGAAGAUGAUGACGACGAAGAUGAUGAUGAGGAGGAGGACAUAUCUGACAAAAAGCUGAAACACCAAGUUAAAGCGCCAAAUACAAGUGCCGAGGGGAAGAAGGUCAAGCCGGCGCCCAAGGAGAAUGGCACUCGCAACAAGUCUGCCGGCCCAGCAGGAAAGCCCCAGGCCAAGACACCCAAAGGAUCCAAGGAGAAAUCUGGAGCUGGGACUCCAAAGACGCUCUCCGUGGGCGACAUCAAGAGCAGACUGACCUCUGACGUGAAGGAGGGGAAACCUCUUCCCAAGACGGAGCAGAAGUUUGAGAAUUUUGCCCGAAGUUCUUUCAAAGUCACAGAUAAAAAUGUAAUCAAAGAACUUUGGACCUUUGUACAGACACUGAAGUCUGAGAAAAAAUGAUCGACCUUAUUGGUUCCGGUUGAGAUCCAGAGUCUUUUUUUUUUUUUUUUUUUUUUUUUUAAACGUUCUUUUAACUUUUCUGUUUGCCCCGAGAGGCAGAUGUUCGGAGUUGGAGGAUGGUUUGUUGCCCUUGCCUUCCUGUUAACCCUUCGCUGUUCUUUCCUUUCCUUAUUAGUUUUAUUUAUAAAAAAAAAAACGUAUGCAUGAUCCUUGGACCGUUAAAUUCAUUAGGAGUUAAAAAAUUUCUGCCCGAAUAUGUGAGAUGCUAAGUAAGAAGUGUGCCCAACUUACCAAGUCCCUUUUUACCAAAGCAUCAGCCGUCCAUGCAGCAUGUGACCGAUGAUCCUAGAUCAGAUUCCCCUGGCCUUUAGUGACCAGGUAUUAAAGAUCUUUUGUUUUUGCGUCCAACGAUUUUAACACACUACAGUAAAGUGGUGGUUUUUCAUAGUAUUGUUAUACACACUUUCUCUUCUGUUUGUAGGGUUUUGUUUGCGACCUUCUGUUAAAACACUGCUGUGGCAGCUCCCACUACGUGUGGAGUGUCGAUGCAUUUUAAAUGCCAGAGGCUCCUCUCUAAUAUUUUGAAUUCAGUUGCAUUAUUCUUUAAUUUCAAUAUGUUCUCUAAUGCUAGCCUUUAACUUCUAAUAGUGUAAGACUGUGAUGUUUUGUGUUUUAUAAUGAACAUGGCCGAAUCGUAUGACUGGCCAAGAAUAGGAACUGAUGGAAUCUUGGUCAGUGUUUUAAUAGUUUAGAAGUAAAAACAUAGAGGGUGUUAGGGAGUUCAGCUAUGGCUACAAAAAAAAAAAAGCUUCAUAUGUCUACUUUAUAGUGUUGCCUUUGAUAUCCAUCCUAACGUCAUGUAUUUUUGAUUAGGGAACAAUAUAUUCUAUUUCCCCUAUUGCUCUAUAUCUUUUUCCCUCAAAAGUCAUUGAAGUUUUAAUGUUUAUGCAAAGUUAAAAUGUGAACACAAGAAAUCUUCUUUGCCUUAUUGCUUAAACUGUUUUGCAUUUUGUUAAGGAAGAUUGCUUUUGUAAAAAAGCAUUGUGCCCCAUCCUCCAUGUUGUUAAGGGGAUUUCCUUUGUUUCCAAUCACAAGCAUUAUUGCGCUUGUAAAACAUUGUAUUUCAUUUCUGUUUAGUUUUUAUACACCUGGUGCGAGAGAAAGUACUGGAAACUGGUAAAACAGAACAGCAGUCACCAUAAUCAAAUCAUCUGUUCCUAAUAUCUUGUCCUGGAAUCCAUUAAAACCCUUUUGAUGCUUAGGCUAUUAUGAACACAGAUGUUCAGGUUACAUUUUUUUGUGGCAAGUUAGUUUUGCUGUUAAGGAAAACAUUUGUAUAAAAUGCACUUAUUCUCUCCUCAUUCAGUUAAAUGUGAUCGAAUUACUUGCUGUACUGCAGUGUACUACAAAAUACAGUGGUAUUUUGUAAGGUAGGGUGCUGUAGCUACCCAGAGAUUUAUUGCCUCUUCUGAUACCAUGAAACAUAGUUACAAUCUUGUGUUUUCAUACUUGAAUCUUCUGAACUAAUGGUAGGUUCACUGAAGACUUGGGGGGCAGAAAACAAUCCAUCUAGUCUGUCUUUACCUUUGUUGACCGAAAACGAAUAAACUGUUAUUUUCAGCGCCGUCGUCAU